CAGCCCCGCAGGCUCGGGUCGCUGCAACCUCGAGUCGGGUUGGAGCGGAUGGGCGGCGCGGGGGCCAGCGUCGGCGGCGCCGCCCCGCCGCCGCCUCAACUCCAUUUCCUCCGUCGCUGUCUACAUCUUUCGACGGCAUGCGCCGCCUAGCAGGGCGCGUCCAGAGCAGCUCGGGCGGCGCUGCUGCGGCGGGGGCGGAUGGCGCGGUCGCCGCGCCGCUCAUCGGUGAGCCGGCGCUCCCGCGCGGCGCUCCGGCGGCCGGCGGCGUGUUUCGCCGCUGCGGAGGGCGUUGUCGUCGCGAGGGGCGGGCCCACGGCGGCGGAGGCGCUGCGCUGACGGCCGCUGACGGCGGCGGUGAGGGCCCAAGCGCCGGCCGAAGAAGCGUUGCCGCGAUUGCCGUGGCGUGCCGCCUGGCGGGCCCGGCGAGCGGUCCCCGCCGGUCGGGGCUGCCAGCGCUGCACGACUGGCGCGGCGACAAGGUGAUCGAGGCUGAGCAUAUGCACUGGAGGCGACGGCCUCGACUUGCGCGCGAUCGGCGCCUCGCUCCUCUCGGCUCGGCAACUAUACGCGGCCGCUGCACGGCGCUCGCCAGCGGCGCCGCGACGCGAGCGCUCUCGCCCCUCCCCCCCCCUCCACCGCUAGGGCGGAUGACGCCCCGCGCUGCUUCCACCCCCCCGCCGCCGAGGCUCAUGGCGGCGCCUCGAGAGAGCCGCCGCGCGGUGCGGUCGCCAUUCCGGUGCAGUGGGCCGGGCGCCGGUCUCCGGAGC